CCGCCCAUUUCCUGGAGAUCUCGCGAUAGUUGGUGGCGCGGGCGCGUCCCGCCAGGAGCUGCCGCCGCUCCCUCAGCGCAGCCCGGCCCGGCUCGGCUCGGCUCGGCCCGGCUCGGCUCGGCUCGGCUCGGCUCGGCUCGGCUCGGCUCGGCUCGGCUCGGCUCGAUCCGCUCCCUCUGCUCGGCCCCGCUUCCCUCAGCCCUUCCCGCUCCCUCAUCCCGGCCCCGCUCCCUCAGCCCUUCCCGCUCCCUCAGCCCUUCCUGCUCCCUCAGCCCGGCCCCGCUCCCUCAGCCCGUUCCCUCAGCCCUCUCCGCUCCCACAUCCCGGCUCCUCUUCCUUCCGCCCGCUUCCUCAGCCCUUCCCGGUCCCUCUCCCCUUCUCUCUCCCUCAACACAUUUCCGAUCCCCUCAGUCCCUUCCCGCUUCCCCCAGCUCUUCUCGCUCCCUCAGUCCCUUCGCGCUCCUCUCAUCCCGUUCCAGCUCCUCUCAUCCUCAGCCCGCCUGCUCCGUCUCACCAUGAGCUUCCUCUUUGGGAGCCGGUCCUCGAAAACGUUCAAGCCAAAGAAGAACAUUCCAGAAGGAUCCCACCAGUACGAGCUCCUCAAGCACGCCGAGGCCACGCUGGGCAGCGGCAACCUGCGGCAGGCCGUGAUGCUGCCCGAGGGGGAGGACCUCAACGAGUGGAUUGCUGUGAACACCGUGGAUUUCUUCAACCAGAUCAACAUGUUGUACGGGACCAUCACGGAGUUCUGCAGCGAGAGCAGCUGCCCUGUCAUGUCUGCAGGGCCCAGGUACGAGUACCACUGGGCCGACGGCACCAACAUCAAGAAGCCCAUCAAGUGCUCAGCACCCAAAUACAUCGAUUACCUGAUGACGUGGGUGCAGGACCAGCUGGAUGACGAGACCCUCUUCCCCUCCAAGAUCGGCGUGCCCUUUCCCAAGAACUUCAUGUCGGUGGCCAAGACCAUCCUGAAGCGGCUGUUCCGCGUCUACGCCCACAUCUACCACCAGCACUUCGACUCGGUGAUGCGGCUGCAGGAGGAGGCUCACCUCAACACCUCCUUCAAGCACUUCAUCUUCUUUGUGCAGGAGUUCAGCCUGAUCGACAGGCGGGAGCUGGCUCCUCUGCACGAGCUGAUUGAGAAGUUGGGCUCCAAGGACAGAUAAAACCCCCCGGGAGGACCCUUCUGGCUGCUCCUUUCCUGCUUCUCCUUCAGCCGCCUCUGUGCUUGGCUCCAGUGACUGGGCAGCACCGAGGGACCCCAGUGCUGCUGUGCAGCCCCUGCUGGGCUCUCCCUGCCGUGGCUGGGCAGGGCUGGAGCAGGUUCUGUCCUGCUCUGCACAUUCCAGGGCUGCCCGGCCGCUUUCUGCUCCCACAGCUCCUCUCUGGACUCUCCAGCCUGAGAGCACGCCCGGAGCGGCUCCGCUCAUUUCUGGAACUGCUUUUUUUUUUUUUUAGUUUGUUUUUUUGGAUAAAAGAGGUGCACUUUGGCCCUGAGCCUUAAGCUCCCCGUGGUGGCAGCAGUGGGGGGUGAGGAGGAGAAGUGCCUGGCCCCAGGGGGGGCUGUCCCUACCCCUGGGCGGGAGGAGCAGCUCUGGGAUGUCCCACGGGUCCCCCCUGUGUGGCAAAGGCAAUAAAGUUUCUUCCUGCUCUUCUCUCAAA